AAACCAACUCAAUUGUUUAAUUUGCCACUCGUAAUUCUAUUUGUCAAAAACUUGGUUUAUACUUUCAGUUCUGUUUCUAAGCCUCUCUCUGCUUGCAGAGUCGGUGAAGUGAAAGUUGUGAUGAAAUACGCAAGUCUGGAAAUGUCUUACACGCGUGUUACAUGGCUUUUCGUGUCUUUAUCACUGAUACUUUUCGCUUCAGCCAGAGCCCAAGUUCCGGCGAUCAUAGUUUUUGGAGACUCCUCCGUCGAUUCAGGAAACAAUAACGUGAUUCCGACACUCCUGAAGAGCAAUUUUAAGCCUUAUGGUCGUGAUUUUUAUGGUGGUCAUCCCACUGGGCGCUUCUGCAAUGGCCGAAUCCCUCCUGAUUUCAUCUCCGAGGCUUUUGGGCUCAAGCCAGCUAUACCAGCCUACUUGGAUCCAGCUUAUACUAUAUCGGACUUUGCCACUGGAGUUUGUUUUGCCUCUGCUGGAACUGGCUACGACAAUGCAACCUCCAAAGUGCUAAAUGUGAUACCACUAUGGAAGGAAUUAGAGUACUAUAAGGAAUACCAGCAAAAACUGAGAGCCUAUGUCGGUAAGAAGAAGGCAAAUCAAAUUCUGAGUGAGGCCUUGUACCUGAUGAGCUUAGGGACAAACGAUUUCCUAGAAAACUACUACAUUUUUCCCACCCGAAAAUCUCAGUUCUCAGUGAGACAAUACCAGGAUUUCCUACUGGGACUUGGUGAAAAUUUCAUCAGGGAGCUCCACGGUCUAGGAGUUCGGAAAUUGUCCGUAACCGGCCUUCCUCCAAUGGGGUGUUUGCCAUUGGAGAGGGUCACGAAUAUCCUGGGUCAAAAUGAUUGUGUAGAUGAAUACAACAAUGUGGCUUUAGAAUUCAACAGGAAAUUGGAGGGGUUGGUGGCAAAGCUGAACAAAGACCUUCCGGGAAUGCGAAUGGUGUCUGCACCCGCAUAUGACAUUUUCUAUCAAAUUAUUAAAAGGCCUUCUCUAUUCGGGUUUGAGGUGACUGGUCUGGCUUGUUGUUCAACAGGGACUUUUGAAAUGAGUUACCUAUGCAGUCAGUAUAACCCAUUUACAUGUAGUGAUGCAAAUAAAUAUGUAUUUUGGGAUGCUUUCCAUCCUACAGAGAAAACAAACAAAAUCAUCUCCGACCAUCUCAUUCCUGGUCUUUUAGCUAAGUUUUCUCAUUGAUUUUUGUCUACAAGUUUUAUAUGCUGGUAGGCUAUAGCAUUUAAUUCAUAUGUCUUACUAUAUAUUGAGAAUGAUAAUUUUCAUUUCUAUAUAUAUAGUAAACGACUUUAUGCAGGUCAAUGUGUGUAACUUCUUUUUCUUUUUGAUUUCUGUUGUAAUUUUAGUGCAAUUCUUCUUGGUUUUUA